UCGCCCGGCCGCCUGCAUGACGUUCUGCUGCAUAUUUGGGAUCCAUUUACUCGCGCUGUUCGGUGAGAAGAUCGGCAGAAGAUGGAGCUACAUUCUAUUCUCGAUACCAUUGUUCCUAAAUUGGGUAUUAGUGUAUUACGCAACGGGUUUCGUCACUUUGUUGACCUCGAAAAUACUGGGUGGUAUAUCUGUCGGAGGUAUAGGGAUACUGAAUUUAGUUGCUGCUGCAGAAUUCACUUCUCCAAAUUCAAGAGCCUUUUUUCUGAGUAUGGUCUCAAUGGUCGCUCCAGCUGUAGGUACAGGUUUGGGGCAUACUCUUGGAGUGAUAGUUCACUGGCGGACGUUAGCUUUAUCUGGAAUUUUGCUGUCGAUUGCGAGCCUUAUUCUACCGUUAAUGUGCGUGGAGUCCCCUCAAUGGCUGGCCUCGAAAGGUAGAUUCGAGGACUGUGAAAAGGCUUUCCGUCAACUCCACGGUAGUAAGCCGAGCUCUGAAGAGGAAUUGAGGCUGCUGAUCUCAAUGGAGCGUUCCAAACAGAAAUCAUCUAAGAACAUGAUCAAGAAAGUGUUAGUUGCGUUCAAGAAGAAAUACUUUUGGGGUUUGAUCGUCACGAACUUUUUUAUCUACACGUACUAUUCGGCGGCUGGGAAGGCGAUCUUCAGUAAUCUAGCUACCGUUAUGCUGGAAGAAAUGACUGGGACAUCUGAUGUUUUACUUUACACCUUGUUAGUUGAUGGUUUCAUCUUAAUCGGCACAUGUGCGUCAUGCGUUUUGAUCAGAAAGAUGUCUGUGCGCAUGCUUUUAUUCUCUUCUGGAUUCAUUGCUAACGGGGUUUUGAUAACCUUGAGCGCGUGUCUGUAUUUUAAGAACACCGAGCAAUACUUCCAGUGGAUCAAUGUUACUCUUUUUGCUUUAUACUUCAUUAUCGUACACGCUGGUCCAUAUCCAGUUAUGGAGAUAUUACUGGGAGAGCUGUUUCCUUUAGACAUCAAGCUGUUCUGUUUCUUCUUAACAACCCCGACUUUUGCUGCUACAGUUUGCGCUAGUAUUAUAGUCAUGCCCAUAUUGGUCGGCCUAAUAGGCUAUCAUGGUUUGUUUCUACUGAACUCUGUGUUGGUCUUUGUAUGUCUAAUUUAUUUCUGGAUCCGAUUGCCGGAAACGAAAGGUAAGACGCUGCAAGAAAUAGAAGUGUACUUUAAGACUAAUGACUUCGAUGUCGAUAAGGCUACGUGUGAUGACCAAAUUAAAUCCUUUAUAUGA